UCUUCUUCUUCUACUUCUUCUUCUAUCGAAACCCGUCUGAUUCUGUUCAGAACAUGGCAGAAGAAUUGCCCAAAUCCAUUUACGAUUACACUAUCAAGGAUAUCGAUGGCAAUGAUGUUAGCUUGAGCUCUUACAGUGGAAAGGUUCUUAUGAUAGUCAAUGUUGCCUCAAAGUGUGGUCUAACUCAUUCAAACUACAAGGAACUGAACAUUUUGUAUGAGAAGUACAAGAACCAAGGCUUUGAGAUCCUAGCAUUUCCCUGCAACCAGUUCGCUGGUCAAGAACCUGGAAGUAAUGAUGAGAUCAAGGAAGUUGCCUGCACAAUGUUCAAAGCUGAAUUCCCCAUCUUUGAUAAGGUUGAGGUGAAUGGUAAGAAUGCAGCCCCAAUCUACAAGCACCUAAAAUCAGAGAAAGGUGGGAUAUUGGGGGAUAGCAUUAAGUGGAACUUCACAAAGUUUCUUGUAGACAAAAAUGGAAAGGUUGUGGAGAGAUAUGCCCCCACCACAGCUCCUCUUAAGAUCGAGAAAGACAUCCAAAAUCUGUUGGGAAUUUCAUAAGUUCAACUGAGGCACGACACAUUGUCCAGAAAUUACUGUAUAUUUCUU